GAGAGUCCUCAGCUAAGAACGAGGAGAACUUCUCCGGGCAGAGAGCCGGUCAGCACCGCGGACAGAGGCACCCAGCAACCGCACCAUUGACCUUCCUGCUUCGCUUGCGCCCGCCGGCUGCCCAAGACUCGCGCCAUGACCGCGGAGGCUUACCUGCAAGAAGCGACGGUCUCGGCAAGCCAGUUUUUCGCGAUCUGGCGCCAUUACGACGCUGAUGGCAAUGGAUACAUGGAUGGAAAAGAACUGCAGGGUUUUAUCCAAGAACUGCAGCAGGCACGACAGAAAGCUGGCUUGGGCUUAACCCCAGAAAUGAAAACUUUUGUGGACCACUUUUCAAAGACUUCUGAUGGAAAAAUAGGAAUUGUAGAGCUUGCUCAGAUACUGCCAACAGAAGAAAACUUCCUAUUAUUUUUUAGAUGCCAACAGCUGAAAUCUAGUGAAGAUUUCAUGCAGACGUGGCGAAAAUAUGAUAGUGACCAUAGUGGAUAUAUUGAUGCUGAAGAGCUUAAGAACUUUUUGAAAGAUUUACUACAGAAAGCAAACAAACAGAUUGAUGAUUCAAAACUAUCAGAAUACACAGAUAUUAUGCUGAAGAUGUUUGAUGAAAAUAAUGAUGGAAAGCUGGAAUUGACAGAACUGGCCCGGUUACUGCCAGUACAGGAAAACUUUCUCCUUAAAUUUCAGGGUGUUAAAAUGUGUGGAAAGGAAUUUAAUAAAGUUUUCGAUACAUUUGAUUCAGAUGGGAAUGGCUACAUAGAUGAACAGGAAUUAGAUGCUUUGCUAAAAGAUCUCUGUGAAAAGAAUAAAAAGGAAUUAGAUAUCAAUAACCUUGCAACCUACAAGAAGAACAUUAUGGCCUUGUCUGAUGGAGGAAAACUUUACAGAACAGAACUUGGUCUCAUCCUCUGCGCUGGGGAAAAUUAGAGUCUGUCCUCAUUUCCACUCCAACUAGUAAUAUAUUGUAUCUUAAAAAACAAAAAAGGAAAUUAACUGUGCAUUAUAAGAGAGUAGGCUUUAUUUCUUUUAUACUUUGUAAAUUUAAAAUUGCAGAUAGAUGAUUAGCCAGGUCAUGUGGCACAUUCUUUUCAGCUUGUUUCUACUAUGUUCGUAAUGUACAGCUUUUGUAACUAAAGAGGAUGUCUUAAUUACCUGGACCAGUCUGUCAAUACAUUUACCAAUAAACAUGGCUUUGUUUUUGUGAGACAUGGGAGAAGAGCACAGCGGAGAUUGGUAUUGGCUCGGUCUCCAUUAAGCAAAUAGAUUUUUGACAAUGUCAGAAAGAAACACACAUUUAAAAUCAGUUUAGGAUGAUGGUGGAUUUCUUUUUAUUUUUCUUUCCUUUCUUGUAAAGGAAUGUAGGACAUGGAUAGGAGGGAGGCUGUUGGGAUCCACCAGAAUCUCUUGGUGGUGUCAUCUUCUAGAAAGUGAUGGUUAGCCUUUUUGUCAAGUGUACUGUAAGUCAAUCAAUCCAAAAAGACUAGUCACCUCUGUCUGAAACCACUGAGAAAUAUUUAAGAAGUGCAUUAUUUGCAAACCAGUUUCAGGUGAGAAAGGAUGUGGGCAUAGAAACAUCAGCAGUGCUUUAGAUUACUUUGAUCAGGUCAACUUCCAACAUGUUAUAAAUGCUUUCUAGCUUCUUUAAAUUCACUACCAAGGUCAACAGAGGCUCUGGAUGUGAAGGUGCUGAACUUCCUGAUGAGUUUUUAAGCUUCCUUGUUGCCUGGCAAGAACAACAUUGUAUUUUUACUGGAGAAAUGGCAUAUUUCUAAUCAGUUAAAAAUUAAUACAUAAAAUUGCCUCAUAUUUUUACUUUCAAUCUUUAGCAUUUGUAAAUGGUGUUAUAUCAGAGAAUGUCAGUCCAUUUUUCUAAAACUAUUUCCACAUUUUGCAUAAUAUAACUCUUGCAAACUGCUGUUUUUACAUCAUUCUGUGUAAUCUAUAAUUAAAUUUAAUAUGCUAAUAUACUGGUACACAAUUUGUUUGAUAUUCUGUUCUAAAAUAAAGGCUACACAAUCAUAUGGAUCAGCCCACAACCCAGCUAAUUUUCCAAAUCCACCAAACCCUCCUAUCCUCCACAAGAGGUAGUGAAUUUAUCUCCUAAUUUUUGUACGUGGUUGAGGCAUACGCAGUGCAAAUAAAAUUGCUAUUAUCAUCCAUGUACCUAACCUAGAAAUGACUCAAGGAGUACAGCAAACAUUGUGUCUGACUCUAUACAUACCUAGUCAGAAUUUCCAUUUAAUUAUUUUGAGUAGUUUUGUCAUUUAUUUGUAACAAUCCAAUGAAAGUACACUGUACUAUCUGUUUACCACAAAAGGAAGCUAUAGAGGCUGAUUCUCAAUCGUAUCAAUUCAAAUGGCAUUAUAUAAACAUUUAAAAUAUUAUUUAUCAAAUCUUCAUACAUUCAUUUAAUAGAUUUUGGGAAACUGUAUUUUACUCGGCUGAAAUUUAUUCACUGCAUCAGUCAGAUCUUCCAAACAAAUGUGAUAAUAUUCCCAAGUCUGUAUUAAUGUUGAUUUAACUUGUGACACAUCUAUUUUUAUUACUGUAUGCUUUCUUGAUCAAUCUAUUCCUUUAAAUAUACUUUCAAAGACAGUUACUUAAUAUAAUGUAAAGCUGCAUUUUUUUCCUACCAUAUGACAACUAGAAUGCACAUUUCACUGAUACAAGUGAGAUAAAAUUAGCAAGUGU